UCCAGACGCAGCAGUAACGCCCCCUCCAAUUAGUGUCCAGCUGUCGUUGUGUUUGUCCUCGAUUAUCUACAGAAGUUUCCACGGGGAAACCACCGUCAGUGUGUGUCAGGACUCCUCUGAGCCGCCUGCAUUCCGCAUCCUGCUGCUUAGCCCUGUAGGACGAGCAUUUACUUCCCAUCAUGUCUAAGAAAAGUGGAAAAGGGCCGGAGUUUGAGGGGCCAGUGGAUUCGUCAAUCAUCCGCAUCCCACCUCAUCACUAUAUCCAUGUACUGGACCAAAACACCAACAUCGCCCGGGUGGAGAUCGGACCUCUCACCUACAUCCGCCAGGACAAUGAGAGAGUCCUCUUCCCACCAGUUCGGAUGAUCAUGGUGCCACCACGCCACUACUGCGUGGUCAUCAACCCCGUCGCCCGCGAUGAGGAAAAUCAAGUCCUUUUUGAUCAGUCGGGUCAGGCUAAGCUCCGCCAUGCAGACCUGGAGAUUCGCCUGACCCAGGAACCGUUCCCUCUCUACCCCGGGGAGGAGGUCCAGCAGGACGUGACUCCGCUACAAAUCGUGUACCCGGACACGGCGCUGCGUCUUCAGGCUCUGCUGGACUUCGAGGUUGAAGGAGGAGAGAAGAGAGUUGCUGGAGAUGAGUGGCUGUUUGAAGGACCAGGGACGUACAUCCCAAGGAAGGAGGUGGCUGUGCUGGAGACGAUCAAGGCCACAGUGAUCAGAGAGAACCAGGCCAUCAGACUGAGAGCUCGCAAGGAGGGAGUGGACAGAGGCGGAGUCCGCAGGGUCACAGGUGAGGAGUGGCUGGUCAGUAAGGUGGGAGCUUACCUGCCAGGUGCUCAUGAGGAAGUCAUCGACAUUGUGAAUGCUUUCAUUCUGACCGACAAGAAAGCGCUCCAUGUUCGUGCUCUGCGUCCCUUCAAAGAUGCCGGAGGUCGGGACCGUCGUACAGGAGAGGAGUGGCUCGUCACCAUGGCUGACAGGGAAGCUCACAUCCCCUCUGUGGCAGAGGAAGUGGUAGGGGUGGUGAAUGUGACCACUCUGAGCAGCAGGCAGUACUGUGUGGUCCUGGAUCCAGUGGGAACUGAUGGGAAACCUCAGCUGGGACAGAAGAGGGUGGUGAAGGGGGAGCGUUCAUUUUUCCUACAGCCAGGUGAGCACCUUGAAAAUGGCAUCCAGGAUGUCUAUGUGCUGUCAGAGGAAGAGGGUCUGGUGCUCCGAGCUGUGGAGGCGUUCAAUGACACUGAGCAGCGAGAUGAAGACGACGACGAUGGAGAUGAGGAGGAGGAGCGUCAGCAGGAGAGGGCGAAGCGCUCACGGAGGAGCGGUGUCCUCCGUCGCCCUGGAGACCGCUGGAUGCUGCGGGGUCCCAUUGAGUAUGUCCCGCCUGCUGCUGUGGAGGUGGUGCUGAAAAGACAGGCUAUCCCGCUGGACGAGAACGAGGGUAUCUAUGUGAGGGACAUCAAAACUGGAAAGGUGCGAGCGGUGAUCGGUCACACCUACAUGCUGACCCAGGAUGAGGAGCUGUGGCAAAAGGAGCUUCCACCAAACGUCGAGGCCCUGCUGGCUUCUCCUCUGGACCCCCUGGCUGACCGCUCAGACCGCACCAGAACCGGAGAAGCCAAAAAGAGGGACAAGACCAGAGUGGUUUCCUACAGGGUCCCCCACAAUGCUGCCGUCCAGGUCUACGACUACAGAGAAAAGAAGGCCAGGGUGGUGUUUGGGCCUGAAAUGGUGAUGUUGGGACCUGAUGAGCAGUUCACAGUGCUGUCACUGUCGGGAGACAAACCAAAGAGGGCCAAUGUCAUCAAAGCCAUCUGCCUCCUGCUGGGGCCGGACUUCUGCACCGACAUCAUCACCAUUGAGACGGCCGACCAUGCCCGCCUGCAGCUGCAGCUCUCCUACAACUGGCACUUUGAUAUCAAGUCUCCUGCCAACCCUGCUGAUGCAGCAGCUCUCUUCUCAGUUCCUGACUUUGUAGGAGACGCCUGUAAAGCCAUUGCCUCACGCGUCAGAGGAGCUGUCGCCUCUGUGCAGUUUGAUGACUUCCACAAGAACUCAAACAGGAUCAUCUGCUCUGCCGUGUUUGGCUUUGAUGAAAAGCUCGCUGUUCGUCCCAGCCUUUGUUUCAACCAGAACAAGCUGGUGAUCAGCAGUGUGGACAUUCAGUCUGUGGAGCCGGUCGACCAGAGGACACGAGACGCCCUGCAGAAGAGCGUCCAGCUGGCCAUUGAAAUCACAACAAACUCCCAGGAGGCAGCCGCAAGGCAUGAAGCAGAGCGUUUGGAGCAGGAGGCUCGGGGUAAGCUGGAGAGACAGAGGAUCACUGACCAGGCUGAGGCUGAGAGAGCCAGGAAGGAACUGCUGGAGCUGGAGGCACUCAGUGCUGCUGUGGAGAGUACUGGAGCUGCCAAAGCAGAGGCUCAGUCUCGUGCAGAAGCAGCUCGUAUUCAGGGAGAGGCAGCUGUCAACGAAGCCAAACUGAAGGCAGAAGCUCAGAGGAUCGAGGCGGAGGCGGAGCUCCUACGGCUGGCAAAGGCUCGUGAGCAGGAGCUGAGCUACAAGCAGCAGAUGGACAGUCUGGAGGUGGAGAAGCAGAAGAGCCUGGCUAAGAUUGAGAUCGAGCGCUUUGGUCAGAUGGUGCAGAGUCUGGGCAGCGAAACGCUGAAGGAGAUGGCCCGUGCUGGGCCUGAGCUGCAGGUGAAAAUGCUGCAGGCUCUGGGGCUGAAGUCCACCCUCAUCACGGAUGGAUCGUCCCCCAUCAACCUGUUCACCACUGCUAAUGGCCUGCUGGGGGCGCUGCCAGGACAGGGCCAGUAAAGAGGAGGAGAAAAAAUAGGAAGAAGAGGGAAAAGAUGUCCCAAAGUAAACCUCAUCAGAUUCUCUUUUUUUCUUAGACCAAGCCUGGAUCUGACAUUAAAUCAAGACAAUGUGCCUUUUUGCUGAUUAAAGAUGCGACUCAUAGGUUUGUUAAAUAAUCCUAUGAAUACCCUCCAGAUUACUGCCGCACAGUUCUGUAACAGAACUCAGCUGUGUGUCUUUGAAAUGAAAUACUUCCAUGCAGAGAUUUGCACUAAAACCUAAAACUGUCCCAAGAAUGUAGUUCUCAGGCUGGAAACAAAAAUAAAAAUCAAGGGACUCUAAAAGUUUAUCAGGAUUAUUUCAGGAAGUAAAUGGAUGUAUUCCUUGGAAGACUUGUCCUUCCAGGCUGAUAUGAAAAACAACAUUAUGGACUGUUUACACCUCACAGGGAUCUGAAUGAAUGCUUAAAUUAAUAAUUAAGUUAGUUUUGCCUUUACAAAGUGACAGAUUGUGUCAUUGCACUUAAAAUUUUCACAUAAUGCCCUGAUUAAAUGCAAAACUAAUUCAAGACAGUCAUGUUUGCAUAGAGAAUAUAACAAGUUGGAAAAACAAAGGGAGUUUCAUAAAGGCUUUAAAAGUUUCCCAAUAUCUUCUUGUAUGAUUAUACUGUACCUUAAAAUGGUAAAGAAAGUCAACAAGAUAGCAUUAACUUUCUACAAUCAGGAUUUUUUGCACAUUUGAAACUUGCAUUUCCAUGCUAGAGUUUUUAAAAUGUUUACCAAGGCUGAUCUACGGCCAUAGAAAUGAUAAAUAUUUCUAAAAUUAGAAAUAGAGAACAGCCAAUACCACAGAACUCAAAAUAAGCCCUUUAGUCCUUCAUUCAGUAGAGAUUUGAACAUUAAACAAAGAUAAUGGAAUACAAGAUGUAUAGCAGUUAUGUCAAACCCCUAAUAACGUGUAUAUACAGUAGAGUUUUAAUUUGAUUAAAUGAACAAAUUUAAAGACAAAUUUAUAAAGUUCCCAAACUGAGAAAUUAAUCACUUGUACACUCUGUAGACUUCUCUACUGUGCUCUCAUUUCUGCUUCUUUGAUUAAAAGUCAAAAGCAAGAAGCCUGUGGAUAUGUAACUACAUCUCCCAAGAUGCAUUUCACUGAUGGUCUGUCAAUUAUAGAGUUUUACAUGUAAGUUGAAGAUUUUAGACUCAGAAUAUGGGAAAGCUUAUGGUUACUUACUGUCUUCUUUCUACUUCAAUACAACUAUGUUGCAUACCUUGUUCUCCACUAACCAAUACUGACAGUAAAAAUGCAGUUUCUCAGAAAAAGACAGCCAAAGCAUAAACCUUGAGGACGGUUUAGAAAAAAGAACUCUGAAUGGGAAUAAAACAGCUGCUUUAUUGCUGUGGCACUUGACAAUCUUCUUAAUCUCACACUUUUGUCUGAAUUUUAAAACUGAAAAAGAAGAUUGAACUGUUACCAAAUGAAAUGCAUCAUGGGAGAUGAAUGAGACUCCUACCUCCUCAAGCUUUCGGAACACUGUGAUGAUAUUUAACAAUGCUUUUGCACUAAUAAAUAUCAGCCUGCCCUCUCUCUGUUUAUUAUGCUGUUGAUGUUGUUUGUGCUGCCCUCCUGUGGUUUGAAGUAGCCGACCCAAAAUGCACCUCUUCCAGGAUGACUUUUGCACUUUAAGCUCUUCAGAAGAAAUGACAAUCUGAGGUUUACUUUUGGACAAAAAACCAGCAUGAAGCAAAGCAGUGGAAUAAAAAUGUGUACUGCAACAGAAGAAAAAUUAAUGUGCCUCCAAACAAGCUGAGUGUUUUUUUAGUCUUUUAGUCUGACAGCCAAAGAUUUGUGUUUCUGCUUUGCACUGCAUAUACUGUAGAAGUGAACAGGUGAUGCUGUUGUUUACAUACCCUUUUCUGCGCAGUGGGGGUGUAAUAAAAAUGCAGUAGUUGAAUUGCCUUUCUCUGCUGACCGAAGUGCUGUUGUUCCAACAUGAAGAAACUGUACGAUGCCAUUAAAGUACUGCUGUGAUGCUG